AUGUCGCACCCAUCCCCUUCCUCUUACGAUGUGGGCUAUCCGCAAACCCCGCAGCAGGCCGCGCAAAGUCGCAAGCGCAGUCGUGCCGAGGAGCACCUCCAGCAGUUAGAUCUUCCAAAUCCUCUGGCGCAACAGCAACCCGAUCCAUACGCGUCUGGCUCUAUACAAGUCCCGCCAUCCCACCCGGGAUAUUCCCUCCAGCCAUUUCAACAACAUCCGACCCCGCAAUCCGCUGCGGCGCCAACCCACCAUCACCAUCAUCUCCCCAACCAAGGCGCGUCCUCUAGCAAGCGCGUCCGUAUGGAGGGCGCACCACCUUCGCCAGCGCAGCCCCAUGGGCCUCCCAAUGUUGUUGGCCAGGAAGGCAUGCCCAUGCCAGCUCCACGACCUCGUGGUCCCAAGCUCAAGUUCACGCCAGAGGAUGACCAGCUACUUGUCGACCUCAAAGAGAAGAAAAACCUCGCUUGGAAGCAGAUCGCCGACUUCUUCCCGGGUCGCAGCUCUGGUACUCUGCAAGUGCGGUAUUGCACGAAGCUCAAAGCAAAGACAACUGUCUGGACGGAUGAAAUGGUCCAGAAGCUUCGCACAGCAAUGCACGAGUACGAGAACGAUCGUUGGAGGAUCAUUGCCUCGAAAGUCGGGAGCGGCUUUUCCCCGGCGGCAUGCAGAGACAAGGCGCAUGAGUUGGAGACUGGGGAGGUGGUCGAGGAUCCUGAAGACGCUGCGUACACGCAAUCGCAACUUGGCGCACCUGGCUCCAAUGAAGCAGGGCCUUCGUUCCAGUCGAACGAUCCGAAUGCUCCUUACCAAUGA